AUGUCUGCCUUCCAUCCCGUCAGAUCAGCCAGGGAACAUUGGCACUCUCUCCGAGAAGGCGUGAGAGAAGAUCCGACCCUACAAUGGCUUUCCGCUCAGACCACAGACGCCCUGAAGGCUUUGCCUCAUACUGCUCCACGAUGGGCAGCUGCACGCUUGCCAAUUGUUAAAUGGCUUCCGCGGUAUGAUUACCGGUGGUUGGCUGGUGAUCUGAUCGCUGGGUUGACUGUCGGUCUCAUGCUCGUUCCUCAAUCAAUCGCAUACGCCAACGUUGCCACGAUCCCAGUACAGUACGGUCUUUUCUCGUCAUAUGUUGCCGUCAUUCUGUACGCUUUUAUCGGUACCUCGAAGGAUAUCACCAUUGGUCCCACGGCUGUCAUCUCGCUUUUAACCGCCGAGGUCAUCAAGGCCAUGGCCGAUUCCGGCUACUCUGCUGCAACAAUCGCAAUGGCUUCGGCGUUCAUGGUUGGUGUCUACUCUCUCGGUCUCGGCAUGCUGAAACUUGGUAUCAUUCUCGAUUUCUUCCCUGGUGGGAUUCUUACCGGUUAUACCUCUGGCGCUGCUCUCACCAUCGGCGUUCAACAACUUCCAAAGUUGUUUGGUGAAUAUCAUGUCAGGUCAAACAACAAGACAGGUACGGUCUUGCACGACUUUUUUGCAGCACUUCCUGAUGCGCACUGGCGCGACAUCCUGUUCUCGAUUGCAUCAAUAACUGCAUUGGUUUCGUUGCAGUGGGCAGCAAAGGUUUGGGGAAAGAAGAACAAGUUGAUUUGGUUUGUCGGAGUUGCGCGAAACACAUUUGUCGUCAUCAUCUUCACUGCAAUCUCAUACGGCAUCAACAAAAACCACAGAGACUCGCCUCGUCUCAGCAUCAUCAAGUCCGUCCCUUCCGGUCUUUACAGGCCUCAGACCCCCGAUCUCUCUCUCCUCGGUCUAGUCGCCGGUCGCUCCAUUGCGGUAUUCUUUGCCGCUGUCCUCGAACACGUCGCUAUCGCCAAGUCAUUCGCUCGUCGAGACAAAUACCAGAUUGAUCAGAAUCAGGAACUCAACUCCAUCGGUCUCGUCAACAUCAUCGGUGCAUUCUUCGGAUCCUACGCCGUGACUGGUUCCUUCUCCCGUACGGCUGUCAACAACGCUUCCGGUUCCAAGUCUCCACUGUCUGGUCUCAUGUGCGCCGUCGUCGUCAUUGUUUCCGUGUGCGCAGUCACCCCGGCAUUCUACUACAUUCCUAACUCCACCCUCGGCGCCGUCAUCUUCAUGGCUGUCGUUCAGCUUGUUGCCGGGCCCAAGGUUUGGUACCAGUUGUGGCGAAUCUCGUUCUGGGAUUUCCUCGGUUCUCAACUCGCUUUCUGGAUUACCUUGUUCUACUCUGUCGAGAUCGGUAUUGCUGUUUCCGUUGGUUACUCCCUUGUCGUUCUUCUCUGGCGCGUCGCUCGUCCUCAUUUGAGGCUCUUGGCUGAGGCCGUGGAUGAUGAUGAGGAUUGCACUAUGCCGCCUAUUCCUACGGGUGUCUACCCUAUUCCUGGUGUCAUGAUCUUCCGUCUUGAGGAGUCUUUCACCUUCCCGAACUCGAGGUACAUCAAAUCACAGUUGUUGAAGCAGGUCUUCGCAUACACGAAUGGCGUGGCGAAGGACGCGGACGACAGUAACAGGCUUUGGAGUGAUGACUUGGAGGAUCGGAUUAAGCGUAUGAGGGAGCGUGCAGGAACACUCGAGCACGGCGACCGCUUGCCGCGUCUUCGUGCUGUUAUUUUCGAUUUCUCGGCUGUCAACAAUCUGGACUCGACUGGCUUGCAGGCUUUGUUCGAUAUGAGGAGCGAGUUGGCGGAUUAUGCUGGUGUCGAGACGUUCGAGUUGCACUUUGUCUCGGUUCAUCAGAAUGUG